CCCCGGAAGUGCGUCGCAAGGUCACUCGCAGCGCAAGCAAGAUGGCGACCUCCAUGUGUCAGUGUUAUCAGCUGUGUGUUAGGAGAGGUUAUGUGCUGUUGUCCACUCGUCAGUGUGCAUCAUUAUACAACAGAUCUCAUGUCUCUAGGAUAUGUGCAGCACAGGUGCGGUUCAUGUCUGGCGGCGGUCGGAAAGGAUUCUUGGGAGAGUUUCUAGACAAUCUGAAGCAGGAACUGAGCAAGAACAACGAGAUGUCUGAGAACAUCAAGAAGUUUCGAGAAGAGGCCAAAAAGCUGGAAGAAUCAGAUGCCCUGAAACAGGCCAGGAGGAAAUAUAAAACCAUCGAGUCAGAAACCGUUAAGACGUCUGAAAUUUUAAAGAAAACUCUCGGCACAAUAUCAGACACCGUGAAGGAGGGUUUGGAAGAGGUGGGUCGCUCGGACAUCGGAAAGAAAAUAAAAGAAGGCGUGGAAGAAGCUGCCAAAACCGCCAAACAGUCGGCAGAGACUGUGUCCAAAAGUGGAGAGAAAUUCGGAAAGACCGGAGCGUUCCGGGCGAUCUCGCAGGGCGUAGAGAGCGUUAAGAAAGAGAUCGGUGACCUUGGCGAGACCGGCCAGUAUCGACCGCCCACCACGCUGAGAAAGAGAAGCGACUUCUCGUCGAAACCAGGAGGCAGUGAAACCAAAGUCUUUGAGGCCAACGAGGAGGCGAUGGGUGUUGUCCUACACAAGGACUCCAAGUGGUAUCAGCAAUGGAAGGAAUUCAAGGACAACAAUGUUGUUUUUAACAGAUUUUUUGAGAUGAAGAUGAAAUAUGACGAGAGUGACAACUCCUUCGUCAGAGCAUCCCGCGCCAUCACAGACAAGAUGACCGACAUCAUUGGUGGGCUGUUCUCCAAAACCGAGAUAUCUGAGGUUCUGACCGAGAUCCUGAAGGUGGAUCCAAAUUUCGACAAGGACUCCUUCCUCAAACAGUGUGAGAGAGACAUCAUUCCCAAUGUCCUAGAGGCCAUGAUUCAAGGAGAACUGGACGUGCUCAAAGAUUGGUGUUAUGAGGCUACGUACUCUCAGCUUGCUCACCCCAUCCAGCAGGCCAAGGCUAUGGGUCUACAGUUCCACUCCAAUAUUCUGGAUAUUGAUAAUAUUGAUUUGGCGAUGGGGAAGAUGAUGGAGCAAGGCCCCGUGCUCAUAAUCACCUUUCAAGCUCAACUGGUGAUGGUCAUUCGUGACAUGAAGGGAGAAGUAGUGGAGGGAGAUCCGGCAAAAGUUCUCCGGAUGAUGUACGUGUGGGCACUGUGUCGGGACCAGGAAGAGCUGAACCCGUACGCCGCCUGGAGACUAUUAGACAUCUCUGCUUCCAGCACUGAACAAAUUCUGUGAAAAGGGCACUAAGAAGCUCCGGGAGACACGAGGGAGGGGCUACAGGGGGUGUGACUCACCUAGGGGGUGUGGCCAUGCACAUCAGGUUGUUUUACAUAACCCCACCCCCAUUGGUGGUCUUUUCCAGAGCUCACCCAGAAACCCUGACAAGACUGCAGGGUUGUUCGGGAGCGAGCCAAACGGGGUAACUAAUAUGACGAAACUGGCAUAGGUUGGACACACGUCACUGGACCAAAACCCCAUCGGUCAUACUAAGAUGAGACUCCUCAACUGAUUGUUUAUUGAGCCAUAACAUAUUUUUUUUCCAGUUCAGCCUCAAUUAUGUGAGGCUAAAAUUGUGGGUUAAUUUUGAAAUUGUCUUCAAAAUGGCCCGGUUCUUGAACUUUCCAAUUAUACCUAGAAUAUAUUCCCAUUGUAAUAUAAAAAUGAGAUAUUGGCUGAUGUACAACUUGUGGGUUUUUAAGUUUGGAUGAAUCGUAUAAAUGCAAUAUGUAUUAAAAUUAUUACACUUCUC